AGUCGGCGUCAUCGCCAAUAUUCGAUUGCAAGAUGCCCGCUAGCCAAUCAGAGGAUCCUCUUCUCGUCAAGCUCACACUGUCGGUCUGGAUGAAACUUCUCGUCAAGCUACACGAGUCGAAUCUUCAAAGCCAUGCUGCAUGUUGCUCCGUCUACUGAAGAUAGUCUUGUUUCGUCUUACACUGCGCUCCAUCUACGCCCUGCAUCUCUUCGAUUUCGCAGACAUCAUGUGUCGCACAUGCCUUGCUUUGUUCGACGCCGUCGUAUUGCGUACAUUUUGCGAUCCGGACGCCAGGCCUUGAUUCGCGUCUCCUCUACUUAGCUGCUUCGUCUCUGCAAUCAACUGAUUAGAUUGCGAUCCUCUGUCGCGAGCUCCGCGUGAGCUUGAGCACUUGAGGGUCUGCGUUGAGCUGCUGCUUGCAAGGAGCAAUCAGGAGC